GCCAAUUACAAGUAUGGUGAAAAGGUGUCUUGGUCCGGUUGUAGUAAUAUUGUUCGCCCAACACCAGAUCAAGAGCUGAGAGCCCGGCUCAUCAGUUGGAACUAUGUUCCUACCUAAAUAGUUGUCUUGUGGAGUAACGCCCAAGCGGAACGCAAGAUAAUGAAAUAUGGAUCUUGGCCUACUAGAGGUUUCGCCGGAAAUCUCUGAAUCAAUAUCGAGGGUUAUUGAUUUGUUAAAAAUAGUGGGAGAUAAUUAAUUAAAGGCCUAAUUAAUUAUUAAACAUGAUAGAUAACCUAGUUUGCAAAAUUUUCUGUAGAUGGCAAACAACAACAACCCUUUCAACCUGCGUUACAUCGUGGAAAACAACAAGUUAUCCGGGACCAACUUUCUUGACUGGGAGAUGAACCUCCGGAUCGUUCUUGACUGUGAGUGGAAACUCUACAUCCUCGAAACGGAUCCUCCCAAGACCCCUGAUGCUGAUGCUCGUGCGUUCGAACUCACUUCCUUCAAGAAGUAUGAGGACGACGCGCGAGAUGUAAAGUGUAUCAUUAUGGCCAGUAUGACCGCAGAGCUCCAAAGGCUCCACGCGGACAUGGAAGUGCGUCCUAUGAUACAAUGCUUAAGAGACCUUUACCAGGGUCAGCCCCAAAACUCAGGAAUUUACGUUAUCGAAGUCAAUAUGUCUGAUAUCACCUCUUGGGAGAUGGAUACUGGAUGUGGUUCUCACAUCUGUACUUCUAUGCAGAACUUGCAUGAAUGUAGACAAUUGACAGAGGGAGAGAUACAACUAAAAGUCGGCAAUGGCGCACUCGUCUAUGCAUUGGCCGUCGGAACCUAUAGUUUAUCUCUACCUAGUGGUCUUAUAUUGCAUUUGAAUAAUUGUCUGUUUGUACCUAGUAUGAGCAGAAACAUCAUUUCUGUAUCCUGCCUUGACAAAGCAGAAUUUUCGUUCGUUGUAAAAUACAAAACUCUUUCUGUCUUUAGAAAUGAUAUAUUUUAUGCAAGUGCAAAAAUGACGAACGGUCUCUAUGUCCUUGACAUGGAUACCGCAGUAUAUAACGUAGAUGUUAAGAGAAACAAACCCAACAGUUUAAAUCUCGCGUACCUUUGGCAUUGUCGUUUAGGCCACAUUAACGAGAAACGCAUAUCUAAGUUACAUCGUUCUGGUGUACUUGAUUCAUUUGACUUCCAGUCAUAUGAUGUAUGUAAAUCUUGUUUACUUGGUAAAAUGACAAAGGCUCCAUUCACCGGUCACGGUGAAAGGGCGAGUGACUUAUUGGGCCUCAUACACUCCGAUGUCUGUGGUCCAAUUAGCACUGUAGCUAGAGCACACACACUCAACAGAGUUCCAUCUAAAGCUGUUGAGAGCACACCAUACAAACUAUGGCGUGGGAGAAAACCGAGUUUCUCGUACUUUAAGAUUUGGGGCUGUGAAGCUUAUGUAAAACGUCUCAUGAGGUCUAGUAAGUUGGAGCCUAAAUCUGAUAAAGUAAUUUUUGUGGGAUACCCCAAGGAAACUAGAGGGUAUGAGUUCUAUCAUCCAUCCGAUAACAAAAUUUUCGUUGCUCGGAAUGGAACCUUCCUUGAGAAGGAGUUUCUUUUUGCUAUCACUAGUGGGAGAAAGGUAGACCUCGAAGAAAUUCGAGAACCACAAGAAGAAGUCCCUAUAGUGUUGGAACCUGAGCAAAGAGAUCAAGAAAUUGAACCUCAAAUUGCUCAAGAUAUACCACGUAGGUCAGAACGGAUACGUAAUCCUCUGGUCAGAUAUGGAUUUCUCAUGUCUGAUGAAGGUGACGUCUUGUUGGUAGAUCAAGGCGAACCAGAGACCUACCUCGAGGCAAUUACAUGCCCCGAAUCCGAUCUAUGGCUCGAAGCCAUGAAAUCUGAAAUGGAGUCUAUGUACACAAACCAAGUCUGGACCUUGGUUGAUGCGCCCGAAG